UACCCUUUCAUCCCAUCGUCGCCAAACCCUAAUGUUUUUGUUAGAGACACGAUUGAAGCUAAUGGCUACCAUAGACGAAAGCCCUUCUGCUAAGAUGUGGCUUCCUCUCGAAGGUAACCCUGAUGUCAUGAACCAGUUCCUCUGGGGUCUUGGUCUCCACCCUGAUGACGCAGAGUGCUGUGAUGUUUAUGGUUUGGAUGAAGAACUCUUGGAAAUGGUCUCAAAGCCUGUCCUUGCUGUGUUGUUUCUUUAUCCCUUAACCUCACACACUGAAGAAGAGAGAAUGCAUCAGGAAAAUAUGAAAAGGGAAAAAAUGGACUCUCACAUUAGAUGUGCAGCAACACAAGGAAUUUAGUUUAAGGAUAGUGACGAUCGAAGAUAAGAUGAGAUUAGAUAUUUUAAGAUGGAUUGCCAUGUAUAACGUUGAUUGAAAAUUGAAAAAACUCGGGUGGGAGGUAUCAAAAAGAGUAUAGGCUGAAAAACGAUAGAGAUGGAAAUGAUAAUUAGCAAUAUUUGCUCCGUAUUCUGCUGAAUUUAUUUGGGACAAACUGGUAUAAUUUUCGCUCCUUUUAUCUCUUCAUUCAUAUAAACUAUGUGGGA